UUUUCCAUUCCAACUCAGACUAUCUCUAUUUUUUCUCUUUCAACUUCCUCUGCUUUUGAUUUGACUGCUUUUUCUCUGUUUUCCGGUGGCUAAUUACGGCGGCCAUGGGCGGCGGACAGCCGUAUCUGGAGCUAUUUGUGGCGGAGACUAGUUUCUACAACCGCAUUGUUUUGGGAACCAUUUUUCCGGCCUUUACUUUAGACCCAUUUCCUCAUAUUGUUCAAACAUGGCUUAGAAACUGCAUUGGUGGAUUAUUAAUUUACUUCUUCUCUGGCUUUCUUUGGUGCUUCUACAUCUAUUACUGGAAACGCAAUGUCUAUGUUCCUAAAGAUUCUAUUCCAUCUAAUAAAUUGAUGCUCUUUCAAAUGUUUGUAACGAUCAAGGCCAUGCCAUUUUACUGCAUCCUUCCGACGUUUGCUGAAUACGUGGUUGAACAUGAUUGGACGAAAUGCUAUCCGAGGGUACUCGAUGUCGGAUGGCGUGCCUAUGCCUUCCAUAUAGUUACUUACCUUGCCUUUGUAGAGUUUUGUAUUUAUUGGAUGCAUAGGGCGCUGCAUGAUAUAAAGCCUCUUUAUAAGUAUCUCCAUGCUAAACAUCAUAUUUACAAUAAGAAAAUUACUCUCUCUCCCUUUGCUGGUUUAGCAUUUCACCCUGUUGAUGGGAUAUUGCAAGCAAUACCUCAUUUGUUUGCUCUAUUUCUCAUUCCAACUCAUUUUAGAACACAUGUUAUGCUACUAUUCUUCGAGGUGGUAUGGACGACGAACAUUCACGAUUGUAUCCACGCUCAAAUAUGGCCAGUUAUGGGUGCUGGUUACCACACGAUUCAUCAUACGAGAUACCGCUACAAUUAUGGGCAUUACUCCAUAUGGAUGGAUUGGAUGUUCGGUACGCUUCUUGACCCGAUUGAUACAGAAGCCAGGGGGUCGUGAUUGGUUGCUUCGACAUCAACUGCUAACUCGCUAUAGCUUUUGGUGAUUCUUUGAGUUUAAUGUAAAUCAAGUUGGUUAUUGAUGAGGGGAGGUGUUGUAGUAUGUUGCAGAAUAAAUUGGCAUUCUAGAGG